AUGGAGAAGGGGUUCGCGUUCCAGACGCCAGCCUUCCUGGGCACGCGCUUUCGGCAGAACCACCAGAUCCGGCAGGUGAAGAACAACUCGCGCCCGCAUCUCGCCUCGCACCGCUCGCUGUAUCCCAACAGCUCGCACUCGGCGCCCUCGCUCGGCCUUCUCACCGCACGCGGUCUACCGGUCGGAGCCAACUUCGCGCGCACGCACCUCUCGUCCCACCGCCGACGCCAUCUGCGUCGCUGCUACGAUCUGGUGCACGUCUGUCUGCAGCGGCGUCAGCUCGCGCUGGCUGCGCGGUUUCUGCGUGUCAUACUGGCAGCGCACGAAUGGACGACCGAUGAAACAUGGCGUCUGGCACUACUUAUUCUUUCGCUUCAACCUACGCCGGAUGGAGGGUCAGGUGGAUCGAGUGCGAGGAUGCGGUACUUGCAGCAGCUGGAUUUGGAGGAGAGCUCGGUGUUCAAGGCGACGCACACGACGUAUGCGCUCGUGGGCGAGUACGUAGCAGCAGGCAAGUUGCUCGAGGCAGUCGAGCUGCUGGAGCAGCGCGUCAACACGCAUCCAUACAAGAGUCAACCUGAGCUCCACACCACAUUGGGGCUGCUCUACGUGUUUCUGGGGCUCAAGACCCUGGAAAGCAGGGGGCAGAUGACGGAAGAAGGCGUGGGGUUGAGGGCGCUGGAUAGGACGACGAGGGAGAAAGCACGGCGGUGCUUUGAGCAAGCUGUGCAGGUGGGCGAUGCGUGGGUGAGGACAGAAACGCACCGCAGGCAGAGGAUCUACUUUAUGCAUCGCAAGCACGAGCGGCACGAUGCGGCGCGGCUGGCGCAAACACGGACGCGACUGUGGGGGACCGACCCACUGCAAGCGGAUACCGACGAUGCAUGGCCGGAGAAAGAGCACCCCGAUAUCGCCAGGGUGCGCAGACGACUUGCGCGUGCGGAGGGACGCGAAGAAGAGGAAGAGUCGGUGCAGAGCGGGAGCGAGACGGCGGGUGAGGACGAGUCGGUGCGGUCGGAUUCGGCUUCGUCCGACGACAACGGCGACGAUGAGCCCGAGCGUGGUCGCUCGCACACACGCACACCGUCCCUACCACGCGCCCCCCAUGACGAAGAUGAAGAGGACGAGCUGGACAAAGAUGAGCAGGGCACAGAGGAGGGAGGUGAAGCCGAGCCACGCACUGGCCCACGCGCGUGGGCACAAACCUGGCCCGAGGUGGCAUCGACCUGGACCGUGGCGGAGCCAUUUGCGGUCGAGAUGGCACGUACGUUCCUCGCGCUCUUCCCCGCCGUUGCACCUCGCCCCACCGCCGAGCCCGAGCCCGAGGACGAUACGCGGCUGCGCCAAAUCCUGUUCGACGAUCCAGACGUCCCCGAAUCCGUGUUCGAUUCCGAAGACGAGCAGAAACCGCGCGGCAAACAUGGUAAACAUGGCAAACAUGGCAAGCGCGAGCACCGGGACCGCACGCGCGAGCGCAAGCACAAACGCCCCCGUCACUAG